AUGACUCGGCGGUGUUCUCAUUGUAGCAACAACGGCCAUAACUCCCGGACGUGUCCCACUAGAGUUGGCGCCGCCGCCCCCGGCGGCGGCGGGCUUACUGGUUGUAGUGGCGGAGGGAGUGGAAGCGGCGGUGGUGGUGUGAAGCUGUUUGGAGUGAGAUUAACGGAUGGGUCGAUCAUGAAGAAGAGUGCGAGUAUGGGGAAUUUGUCCCACUAUCAUUCCUCUUCUUCCGCUGCGGCUUCACCUAAUCCUAGCUCGCCUUCUUCGGACCCUUUUCAGGACCCGGUCCAUGUACCCGAUGGUUACCUUUCUGAUGAUCCUAAUCAUGCUUCUUGCUCUACUAAUCGCAGAGCUGAAAGAAAGAAAGGUGUUCCAUGGACUGAAGAAGAGCAUCGGCUAUUCCUCCUUGGCCUACAGAAGUUGGGAAAAGGUGAUUGGCGUGGCAUAUCCCGCAAUUUUGUGACAUCAAGGACUCCGACUCAGGUAGCAAGCCAUGCCCAGAAGUACUUUAUCAGGCAGACGAAUGCCACAAGGAGGAAGAGAAGGUCCAGCCUUUUUGACAUGGUCCCAGAGACGGCAUCAGAGGCGCUCUCUUUAGCAGAAGAACAAUUUUUGCUCCCUCCUCAAGUAGUAGAUAGCAGCAAGGAACAAUUUACAACUUCCGAUCAGCAAGCAGUGGAUGAUGACGGUGAAAAGUCAAUGCCAUCGUUGGAUCUCUCUCUCAAACCAGAUUUUGAACCCAUGGAAACAACCCCGAGCGAAGUAGUAGAAGAAAUAAAAGAAAGUGUCACAUCUCUUCCUGAAAUACCUCCUGUGGCUCCAUCAUUCUUUCCGGCGCUUAUACCUAUACCAUUUGCAUUAUGGCCACCAAACAUAGCCCCUCUGGAGGAAGAAAAAAGUUCCCAGGCGUCACAUCACCAGAUCCUAAGGCCAAUUCCUGUUCUUCCAAAGGAACCUGUUAAUGUGGAUGCACUAGUGGGCAUGUCUCAGCUCAGCUUGGUUGAAAAUGGCUCUGCCGCUACAGAAUCUACAAGAUUGUCUCUUAAAUUAACAUCCGAACCCUCAAGGCAAUCAGCAUUUCAUGCUAGCACUCCUCUUCAUGGAUCAGGUGUAACCAAGGACAAUAAUAGCUCAUUUCCAGCUGUGUGA